AUGUCUCAAAUCAUUCUGCAAGAAGACAAGAUGGCUCGCCCUGCCUUCCUCUCUAGGAUGUUUUCUUCUAAAGGCCGAUUCUACCGUACCCUGCCGCCAAGGGCUGCUGUCGCUGUCGCAGUCAACAGUGAAAACUCCAGCAUGACCUUGAAAACAUUCAUCUCAGUCUUCAACUCAUCUCAAAUCUGCAGAAUCACUCUCAAGAACAGACUCAGACAGAUCAUCAUCCAAGGCGCGUCAAAGGCCUGGAAUCCAUCAUCCUGCUCGAUCAGCCCGCGCAACCUGUUCAAACAAGACUUCAAGCCCGCCGAUCCAGCUUCACCAGCUUCACCAGCUUCACGUCUCUUCUCUCACGCCUCUCUGCCUCACUCUGUCACCUAUUCACUGCACUCAGUCCAAAUCUCCUUGUCGGCAUUCCUUUCAGACACAGAAACCUCUUCCUCGGCAACCACCCAAUCAAACAUCUCCGACACAGCUUCCUCUCCAGCCAAAAUGUGCUACAAAUACAAGUGCGACGCCUGCAAGAAGGCGAAAUACGACUACUGCCAAGACUACGUCCAGAACGAGGGCGCUCGCAAUGGCUGCAACGCCAUUGUGGAGGAGAAGCCCUGGGGCGGCAAGCUUAAACGCUGCCAGGCCUGCACGACAAUCACUGGCGCCAUCAAGGAGUUGAAGGCGCUUGUUUUCCGCGAGCCAUGGCUCGUGACCGAGGGCAUGGCGGGCGCGCCAGAGAAGGCCGCCUGGGAGAAGGAGGGGGAGGAGGGGGAAGAAGAGGAGGGAGCCGUCGGGGGUGUUGUCGUCGACGACGACGAUGACACCCCUGACGGCUACACAAGGGAGGAACGGGCUCGGAUUCGGCGUGAGGCCGAGGAGGCCGUCAUGCGUCGCUGGGGGCUGUUGAGGGCGGAGCAGGCCGGAGAGGAGGAAGCCGACAAGGCUGAAUAG